GACUAUUUUCCUUCAAUGGGUUGGAUUGAUAGAUUCACUAGAAUGACUUCUCGUCUUAGAAAAGUUUUCAAAAGAAAUGAAUGCUUUUGUCAACAACUCAUUGAUGAGCAUCUUGACCCGAAGAGACAAAAAGCUGAACAAGAAGAUAUAGUUGAUGUUCUCCUCAAGAUGAUGAAGGAUCUUGAGUUUACUUCUGAUAACAUCAAAGCCAUUCUUGUGGAUAUAUUUGUUGCUGGAAUGGACACAAGUGGGUACAAAAUUCUAGCGAAAACUUUAGUUUACGUGGAUGCGUGGGCAAUAGGAAGGGAUACUGAAGCUUGUGGCCAAAACGUUGAAGAGUUCUAUUCUGAAAGAUUCAUAGACAGUUCCAUUGACUAUAAAGGACAAGAUUUUGGGCUCAUAUAUACCAUUUGGCUCUGGUCAGAGAAUUCGGCUUGGGAAGAAUAUAUAGGAGCUGCAAUGGUGGAGCUUGUGCUUGCUAAUCUCCUUUAUAGAUUUGACUGGGAAAUACCUUUUAGGAUGAAGAAAGAAGACAUAGAUUUUGAUACAGCUCCUGGGAUUACGAUGCACAAAAGAAAUGCUCUUUAUCUUAUGGCUAAGGAAUGCAAAUACUGAAGUAAAGGCAUCUAACAAUGCAAUGAAAAUUAAAAGAAAUGCUCUUUGUCGUUUGGUUUAAUAUCAUUUCAGAUUAACAACCUAUAAUUGAUAGCACAAAUCUAAUGGUUAAUAAUGUUUGAUUUCUAAA